UGUAAAAAAUGAUUCUGGGUUUUAGUCAGGUGGACAAAUAAAAUCAUGUCAUGUCAACUUGCAGUGUCUCACUACACAAAAGGAUGAGUUAUACCAACCUCAACUUGAAGGGAAAUUUAAAACUUUAAAUAACGUGUUCAUAUAACAACAAAACAUAAGUUCUGUCAAUGUCCUUUCAAAUGCGCAUGUGCCAGAAUCUUAACGUCAUGAUGACGUACUAUUUUACCGAAUCUGAGACAGACGCGCCAUCCGCCAUUUUCUGCACGAGACGUUGCUGAACAUGCAAGAAAAGAUGAAGAAGGAGCCCGCUUUUGAACGAGUACAGAUGGAGUUUAUGGACUGCAAAUAUUGAAAUGAGAUCAGUACAGUGCAAGCACAGUGGAAGCACAACUCUAUAUCGAUGAGGUGGUGUUGCAAGAUUUGUAGAUUUUCCUCGCCCAACCAGCGUACCCUAAUCACACACUAUAAGCUGAAACACUGCCAUCAGGCAAGUCACUGUCCACUCCCAUGCAUCUAUAAAGAUUGUGUAUGCACAUUUAGGAGUGAACUGUCUCUGAAGAAGCAUUUAACUCGCGACCAUAGUCAGUGUGUUCAAGCCUCCUCAAAAUUUCUUAAAGCAACCUCAAAUGUGAGCUGUGACCUGUGUAAUUAUUCAGAGGCUUGCAGUGUUUCACAGUAUUUUGCACAUCUUAAAACACACAUUAAAAAGAAAGAGUCAGUGAGGUGCCCCUUUCAAGACUGUAGUUUCCAGACCAGUGUGUACAGCACUUUCCGUGCUCAUAAAAGUAAGAAACAUCACCACAGCACUUUGAAAGAUUUUCGAACAGACUUGUAUCAAACUUGCAUUCCUGAUGAUUCAAACCCUGACAGUACAGACUCUCAAAUCCAUUCAUUCAGCCUAGAUUGCUCAACAGUAGAUAGUGACAUAGAUGUCCAAGACCUACAGGAUUUGGUUAAACACAAAGUAGCAUCACUGUUACUUCGCAUGCAAACAACUCUACAUGUCUCAAAAGCCACCACACAGGAAAUUGUAAAUGAGCUUUGCAGUGUUUAUUCAAUUGUGCAAGAGUUCACUCCAAGAAUAAUUGAAAGUGUAUUGGUUAAGCACAAUUGUGUAUUAACCAAUGAAGUGACUGCUGCCUUAGCUGAGAUAGUCGAAAAAACAAAUCCCCUAACUUCCCUUUCAAAGAGUGGCCCGUUUGCAACCGAAUACAAAAGAACCACUUAUUACAAGGACAACUUCAAAGUAAUUGAGCCAGUUGAAUAUUUUUUAGAAUCGUCCUCUCAAAAAAAGUUUGUUUAUAUUCCAAUUUUGAAAGUUUUGACCGAGUUGUUGAACCGUGAUGACAUUUUGGAUAAAGUCCUGCAGGAAACUGCUGACCAGUCCGGUCAGAUUAAGACAUACAGAGAUGGACUGUACUGCAAAGGCAAUCCUUUGCUCUCCUCAGAGAGUUUAAGCAUUGCACUUGGGAUGUAUAUAGAUGACUAUGAGGUAUGUAACCCACUGGGAACAUCAAAAAAAAAGCAUAAGGUCUGUGCAGUGUAUUGGGUGAUAUCAAACUUGCCAGCACAGUAUAGGUCUUCAGUACAGUCAAUUUUUCUGGCUUGUCUGUGUAAUAGCAAUGAUGUAAAGAAUUAUGGCUAUGAUGCCAUUUUUCAACCACUGAUUAGGGACAUUCAAGUCCUUGAAGAGGACGGAUUGUAUGUUCAAAAAUUGGGAACAAGUGUCAAGGGUUCUGUGUUGUAUGUGUCAGCGGACAACUUGGGGGCCCACUCACUAGCUGGCUUUCAAGAAAGUUUCAAUGUUGAUAAAUUCUGCAGAUUUUGCCUAGCUAGUCGCAAGGAUAUUGACUUGCAUGAAGUCAGAGAGGGGGUGUUUCCACUCAGGACGAUUGAAACUCACAAACAGACCCUUGAGGAAUUGAAGACGAAUUCACUGGUUUCUCUGGAUGGAGUAAAGAGAGACUGUGUUCUUGAUAAACUUAAUUAUUUCCAGACAGUGCAAGGGUUUCCUCCAGAUUUUAUGCAUGACCUGUUUGAAGGUAUAGUACCAACAGAGUUAAGUCUUUGCAUAAAGUCCCUUAUUUCCAAAAGGUACUUCACAUUAGAUGACCUUAAUGACAUCAUCAAGUCUUUUCCUUUCAAGUUUACUGAUAAAACUAACAAACCACAACAAAUUUCAAAGACAUUUGUGUCAAAACAUUCAAUUGGUGGAAACUGCCAUGAAAACUGGACUCUGUUAAGGCUACUGCCAUUGAUGAUGGGUCACAGAGUACCAGAAGGAGACAAAAUUUGGCAAAUCAUACUAGAUCUGAAAGAUAUUGUUGAGCUCCUAGCUACUGGACAAUUCACUGAUGAGACACUGUGCUACUUGGAGUCCAAAAUCUCAGAGCACAGGUGCUUGCUGAAAGAGUGUUUUCCAGAUUUCCACAUUCUCCCGAAGCAUCAUUUUUUAGAACAUUAUCCUGAAAUGAUUAGUCGAUUUGGGCCUCUGACUGAUUUUUGGACUAUUCGCUUUGAGGCGAAACACAACUUCUUUAAGAGAGUUGUACAUGAUGGUAAAAACUUCAAGAAUGUCUUGCUCACUCAGGCCAAAAAGCACCAGCUUGCUUUGGCUUACUACCUUGAUUUGCCAAGUGUUUUCAAACCUGAUCUAGAAGUAGGACAUGUUGCUGUCGUUUCACCUGACACACUUGAACGUUCAGUGAGGCAGGCCAUUGAGCAUAAAUAUGGAAACACAAACACUGUAUUUCUUUCAACCCAUGCAUGCAUUAAUGGUACCAAGUACUCGGAGGGAAUGUUUUUGUCUGUAGGGCACACCAGUGGACUGCCUGACUUUGGCGAGAUUGUUAAAAUGAUAAUUGUUAACAACAAAGUGUCAUUCAUCCUCAAACCUUUCAAAGCCUGGUACAUAGAGCAUUUGCGAAGUUAUGAGCUGACGAGUAAUUGCACUUCUGAACUGCAGGUUGUGGAACCCCAGGAGCUUAAUGGAUACCAUCCACUUUAUCCAUAUGUAAGAGCUGGAAAGCUAUACAUCACACCAAAAACCUUCUUGCUUCACUAAGUUGAAGAGAAACCCUGGAAUUUCCUAUUCUUAUAACAAAAUGCUGUUUCGCGUGAUCAUCUCCCCACAGAACAUUCAAAAAGUUAGACUUGAUCCUGUUCCAGAUUCUGUUGAUGGCCUCAAGCUUGAACUUAAAAGCAUGCUCCAGCUGAAAGACCCUUUUGACCUUCAAUAUGAAGAUGAAGAUUUCCAUGAUUUCUGUAACCUUACACAUUUAGCUGAUCUGCCCAAAGACAAGGUGACACUGAAGGUCCUUUUCACCACCUUUCCAGAUACACUCUCAGACUCCAGUUUAGACACUGUAAUUUUAAGUGAAUCAUCAUCUCCAUCAACUUCUUCACCCAGCAUCCAUUCAGAGCCAUCUGCCACCCGUUUGCAGCCAUGGCCAACUGCCUUUCCCAUCCCAGUUUUUACAUAUGAUGUGGAGCUGAGGCUAAGACAUGGUAAUGAGGCAUUUCGAAAGGAUGGAACACUUCUGUCAAUUCCCAGGGACAUGAAGAUUGAGAUCCUUGAGAAACUUGCAGAAACCAUAUACUCAUACAAAGCCUACCCUGGGAAUGAAGAGAUUGACAGUGUAGCGGCCGCCUUAAUUGAAAAACACCCCUGUCUUAAAGAGCCAAGCUCCACAUCUGGAUGGUAUGGGUGGAAAAUUAGUUUAAAGUUUAAGAUGGGAAACUACAGACAAAAGCUGAGAGAUGCAGGUUGUCAGGAAUUGAAAGUGAAUUCUGAAAAGAGAGGUCUUGGGGAGACGAGAGGAAAGCGAAACAAAGUGAAGAAACCUAGACGUUGUGAAACAAAUUUUCUUCCAGAUCUACCUCAGGGCAAAGACAAGGAAAAUUUAGAUAAAGAAAGAGAGCAAAUAGCUGAUGAGAUGAAGAAGAGGACUCCAGACAUCACCUUUGUUGAUGCUGCUAUGAGUAGCACAUAUUCUUUGAGAAGACAAGAAGUCGUUGAGGAGGAGCCACCAGUGUCACAAAUGAAAGUCCGAUGGCCUGCACUUUUUACGGAGAGACAGAUCAGCAAAGAAUUCACCAGGCUUGUGUCAAAGGACCUGAGCAAGUCCUUUUUUGAAGGCCUAGAUGGUCAUCUCUCAAAGCUGAUACAGUUAUUCAGGUCAAAGCGUUAUGAGGACAUUCCAGAAAUGACUUCAAUACUGGAGAGCCUUGAUAAGGAUACAACAAACCAACGGAUGAGGACAGCAGCAUUGCUGGGCCUGCCAUGGUACAUGCGAGAGACUCCUUCAAAAUUCAUGAAGAUAUGUGAGCCCAGUGACCGUGAAGAGGAUCUGAUCAAGGGUGUGGUGAUUGGAAUCCUAGUGGUUGUAGAAAAUGUGAUGGAACCUCUCCCAGCGUUCUACAAUGACGUUGCCUUGGUGAUUGAAGAAGAAGUGGUAAUGCGUCACCUGAGUGACAUACCGAAUGCUUUUCUGAACCUGAUGGGCCUGGUGUACGCGUUGAACCUUGACUACCCAAGGGAAUUAAAAUUCACUUUUGAAGUGAUACAGCGCCUGUUUAUUGGAGUUGGGUCAGAUUCUUGCACCGCAAGAGUUCACUCUUUGAAGAGCAAGUUGCUGCGAUAAGACAGAAAACAAACAAUCUUUUUUUCCUUCUUCCUUCUUACUGUUUAAUCAUUGUACUGUUUUAAAGUUUAAGAGCAUUGUUGUUUUAGAUCUUCUUGUUUUAAGUAUAACAUUGGUAUUCUUGAAAUUUUUCAAACUGACUGUUGUUACCUUGUCCUGCUUCCUAUUUCCUUGUCAUGUUUCUACAAUUGGGAAUUGAAGACAGUGUUUUUGAACAGUUUAAUGUGAAGUUUUUUACACAGCUUAUUGUGAAUUGUUCAUGUACACUUGUUCAAUGAAAAUGUCUCAUAAUGACACGGAGAGUUAUUUGUACUAUUUUGGCUCUAAGAUGGGUCUGUGCAUAGAAGUUUGCACAUGUUUGUGUGAGCUGUGUGUGAGGGUUUUUCUUGUGUUUUAUAUCUAUGCAAGAUAAUUCUUUGUCUGUUUUUGAUGCAAUGUCUCGGUUUAAAAAUAAAUGCUGAGAUUUGA